AUGGAUGGUUUUAUAUUGCAGUAUAUAGUGUCAGGACUUCGAUCUGCAAUGUCAAAUAAAUCUCUUCCUGGAUACAGAUACGCGGCAAUUGACUUUGAUACUGAUUUUGAAAUUGAUCAUGCAAGUAUGGGAUCGACACAGAGAAUGACUGAUGCAAUAAGGCUUAUUCCACCCAUCCUUCCCGACAAAGUAUUUGAGUGGCUUCGAGCCAAAUGCACAUCGAUGCUGAACAGUCCAACUAUUUCUUCAUCAGAGUGUCAAGCCAUUUCUACCAUGACAGAUUGUAUCAUGAGUGCAAUUCCUUCUGAAUCGGUACGAGGAUCAGACAUCAAUCAGAUUGAGUUGGCUAAAAGUAUAAUGCUGCUUUUGGUGCAAUUGAUCGAUUAUAACGGAAACCAGAAUAUGGCAAUCGUGAUAUAUCAGCUUCAAAUGAUUGUUGCAUUUUCCGAAUACAUGGAUUUGUAUCCUGAAAUUUUACUCAAAUGUCUUGAAAAGUUUUUUGGGUUUGUGGUAUAUACUCAGCCUAAUGAAAAGGACUUUAUACAACAACAAAAAAUUCUGAGUGAGAGUACACGUAACUUGCGUCGUAAAGCAGCUGCAUCACUUGUGCGAAUUGGAUCAACUAUGCCCAAUCUUCUUCAACCACUUUUACCACAAAUUAUGCCACUAGUAUCCAACUAUAUUCAAUCAAGCCAGCUUAUGCGGAUUGAGCAGACUCUUAUGAUUGAGUUUCUUGUGCUUUUUUAA